AUGAGUUUUACUACUGGCGCGGGUAUUUUUAAUGAUGCGGCGGCAGAUGUGCAUGACAUUGACGGUCGUCGUCGACAGUCACCACAUGUGACGCAAGACCAGGGUCCGGAUGUGGUAGUCGUGACAGGUGGAAAUGAAGUUGUACUAGAGCAGCAAACAGAGGGGCAACAGGAGCGCGGUUGGGACUGUUGUGAUUGCUUCCUUAGCAACGAAAACGAUUUGUGUUGCGUGGCGUGUUGCCGCGCUUGUGAUUCUUGCGGAGACCGCGUCUGCAUGCAGGUCGACUACCUGCUUGGCUCCACGGGUUGCCGGCGCUUGUGCCCCUGCUGCAAUUGCGAAGAGUGCUCGUGCGAGUGCAGACUUCCGCGAUUCUGCGCUGCCUGCUGCGACGCAAUGAGCAACAAUUCUGUAGCAAUCUGCUGUCAGCUAUACCUAGAUCCUAAUUGCAGUGGGGCUUGCAACUGCUGCCGACCUUGCGGUAUGCUAUUGCGGCAGUGCGAAUGUCAGGCAUGCAGUUCGAUGGCGAGA